AGUAGUUGAUAAAUCAACUUCCACACGUAUUUAAAAAUAAGAACAGAAACAAACAAGUAGCAGAAAAUUCAAAUCUGACGACUCAAACUAAACUACAGUCCACAGCUAAAGUCUUCCUCUUAUCUAAAGUCUUCUUCAUUGGUUCCUAGCUUCUCUUCUCUUCUCCACUCCCUACUUUUCUACCAACUUCCAUGAAUUGCAAUCAUCAAUUUCAUCAAAUAAUCAUAAUUUUCAUCUCUCACUAAACAUGCCAACUUUUCACCUCCACAAAAUUCAACACUCUAUCUUUCUACUUGUUACUUUUCUUCUUCAAUUCUCAUCACUACACUUCCUCUCACUUGGAUAUGUUCACCAAAACACAUACUUCAUCAAUUGCGGAUCAGAUAUCCCAGUUACUGAAAAUAACAACGUUUAUAUUGGUGAAUUAAACAGUAAUUACCCUAAAAAAAGUUUCAGCAGCAAUAGUUACUCAGAAAGCAAUCAAUCAACAGUGCCUUCACCUCUCUACCAAACUGCAAGAAUUUUUCAUUCUGAAUCUUCCUAUGAAUUUACUACUGAACCAAACAACACCUACAUGGUACGUUUACACUUCUUUUCAUUCUCUUCACCGAUUAACCUUUACACUGCAAAAUUCAACGUUUCUGUUCCUGGUUUCUCUCUGUUACAAAAUUUCGACGCAAAAAACACUACAAACCCCGGCUUAAUAAAAGAGUAUUUCGUUAAAAUCAUCAGAAAAAGAUUCAAAAUCACUUUCACACCUCAAAAUUCAUCAUUCGCGUUUGUUAAUGCCAUAGAACUCUUUAUGCUCCCAACUCAUUUGAUCCCUGGUUCAAUAGCACGAUUCAGUUACACCGGUUCUACUGGUCGAGGCUUAACUACUUAUAGUCACGAUUUCCUCUCACGAGCUUUGGAAACCAAACACCGUCUUAACGUCGGGGGCGAAAACGUCACUAGACAAACCGAUAACUUAUCGAGAGAAUGGUUGCCAGAUGACAGCUAUAUAACUGAUCCACAAAACGCUAAGGAUAGUCCCUUUUUUGGAGGUACAAUUAAACGCAAUGCAGAUGAUGAAUCUGAUGGUUUACAUUCAGAUCAAUAUACUGCUCCAGAUGUUGUUUAUCAAACUGCCAAAGAGAGUAAAAACGGUUCCAACGGUUUAAGUAUAAGUUGGAGUGUUCCCGUGGAGAAGAAUACAGAUCAUUUCCUCAGGCUUCACUUUUGUGACAUUUUUAACCAACAGAGUUUACUUACACUUUUCAUUCUCAACAUUUAUGACCAGCCUGUUAUUACUGUAAAUGGUGGUGCAGAUGUGUCUUCUGCUUAUUAUUAUGAUUUUGUGGUUCGUUCCGAUGGCUCUGGACUAUUGAAUGUUAGUGUGGCACCUAAUACAACGGCUGCUAAACCAAAUGCAUUUUUAAACGGUCUAGAACUAAUGAAAGUGAUUGAAUCAUUGGGUUUGAUUCCCUUAGAUGAUUCGGAUUCCAAUUCGAAGAAGAUUAGUCUUCCUGUGGUGGUGGGUUCGGUCGUUGGAGGUUUAGUUUUGGUUUCUAUUGUGGUGGUUUUGUUUCUUUGGGUUAGCAAAAUCAGGAAACAAAAGCCUGUUGAGAAUUCAGAAUGGUUGCCAGUUCGAGCUACCGCAGGAGGGAGUUCUCACAGCAGAUUAACUGAUGGAACAACAAUUCAAGGCUCACCUCUACCUAACAUUAACCUUGGAUUGAAACUCUCCUUGCUUGAUCUACAGUUCGCGACAGAGAAUUUCGAUGCGAAGAGGAUAAUUGGAAAGGGUGGUUUUGGAAAUGUUUAUAAGGGAGUUCUCAAGAAUGGAAUGACGGUUGCAGUGAAAAGAAGUGAGCCAGGGUCGGGUCAAGGACUACCUGAAUUUCAAGCUGAGAUAAUGGUUUUGUCUAAGAUUCGUCACAGACACCUUGUUUCCUUAAUUGGAUAUUGUGAUGAAAGGUAUGAGAUGAUACUUGUUUAUGAGUACAUGGAAAAAGGGACGCUUAGAGACAGCUUGUACAGUACAAAUUUGACUAAUUUUUUGACUUGGAAGCAAAGGCUUGAGAUUUGUAUUGGGGCUGCGAGAGGUCUUCAUUACCUACACAAAGGUGCAGCUGGUGGAAUCAUUCACCGUGACGUGAAAUCUACAAACAUAUUGCUUGAUGAGAAUCUUGUAGCUAAAGUUGCUGAUUUUGGUCUUUCAAGAAGUGGUCCUCUUGAUCAGCAUUCUUAUGUCAGCACAGGUGUUAAAGGAACUUUUGGGUAUCUUGAUCCUGAGUACUUUAGAUCACAACAGCUUACAGAAAAAUCUGAUGUUUAUUCAUUUGGUGUGGUUCUACUCGAAGUGUUGUGUGCGAGAACAGCCAUUGACCCGUCGCUUCCAAGGGAACAGGUGAACUUGGCUGAGUGGGGAAUAUUUUGCAAAGACAAAGGGAUACUUGAAGACAUCAUUGAUCCUUCCAUCAAGGGACAAAUUGAACCAAACUCACUUAGAAAGUUUAGUGAGACAGUGGAUAAAUGCUUACAAGAUGAUGGCUCUGAUCGGCCAUCAAUGGGCGAUGUGUUGUGGGACUUGGAAUAUGCUUUGCAGCUUCAGAGAGGUGCAGUACAUAGAGAACCACAUGAGGAUAGUUCUAGCAGUGCUUCUGUAUCAAUUCAAUUGCCUAAUGUUCGCCGUUUACCUUCUCUGUCUACACUGACUGAAAUGGAUGAUAUGUCUAUUGGGAUGGUUAAUGAUGAAUCAAAUAGUGCAGAAGAUUCAGUUUUCUCUCAGUUGAAAAUUGAUGAUGCUAGAUAGAAUUUCAUUUCAAGUCCUUCAAGAUACAAUGAUCAACUUUCUAGUGCCUCAAGUGGAGGAGUUGUUUUGUUUAGACAGUCCGCAUCUCUAUUUUGUCCUUAUUUUCUUAGAUAUGGUUGUUGGUCUAUUCUUAAUUGUAUGAUUAAUGAUGAUUAUGUCUAUUUCUGAUGCUUGCAAUAAACAAUUGUAAUUAGAUGCAUUAUAUACAGAACUUAUUUGAAUGCUUGCACCAAUGUAUAUAGUCUAUACUGUGGCCAACAAUGCAAUGCACUAUACUAGUAUAUGAUUAA